AUGAAGUUCUCGCAAUCCCUUGUUUCCGCUGGAUUGCUGGUUGGGGCUUCCAGCUUGGUUGCUGCUGAGGACGUGUUGGUGAGCAAACGGAUGGGAAAGAGGUUCAUUGAUGAUCAGGGAAAUUACAAUAUUUCUUUCUACCAUAUCAAUGAUGUCCACGCACAUCUUGACGAGUUCCGUUCAAGUGGUGUCGACUGCCCGGAUCCUACCAAAGGAUGUUUUGGUGGAUAUGCUCGAGUAUCUCAGAUGCUCAAGGAUACCAGACCGGGACAUCCAGACAGCUUGUUUUUGAACGUUGGAGACGAGUUCCAGGGCACGCUAUUCUACAGCUACUACGGUGGUGAGAAGAUUGCCGAAACACUCAAUCAGCUCGGUUUCGAUGGUAUGACGCUUGGUAACCACGAAUUCGACGGCGGAGACGACAAACUUGGAGCUUUCCUUCAAAAUCUCACGUUUCCAAUCAUCUCCGCAAAUAUUGUCUCGGAUCAUCCGGUCCUUAAUGCUACAAUCAAGCCAUAUCACAUCUAUGAGGAGUACGGACUUGCUGUCAUUGGUGUCACAACUGACACCACUCCAUCGAUCUCGUCACCAGGCCCUAACACAAAGUUCACCAAUGUUGUGUCUGCUGUACAAAACACCAUUAAUCACAUUAAGUCCACCACAAACAUUACCCGCAUUGCGGCUAUUACGCAUAUUGGGUAUGACGAGGACAAAAAGCUUGCAGCCGCAGUUUCUGGUCUUCAAUUGAUCAUGGGAGGACAUAGUCAUACUCCUCUAGGUGAUUUUGCUGGCGCUGUUGGCAAAUACCCUACUAUUGCUACCAACUUGGAUGGUGAUGAGGUCUUCAUUGUCACCGCUUACCGUUGGGGUGAGUAUCUCGGUUACAUUGAUGUGACCUAUUCUCCAGCAGGCAAGAUCCUCGCCUAUCACGGUGCUCCGAUCCAUCUCGACAACACCACAGCCCAAGACCUAGCUCUGCAGGCGCAAAUCAAGAAAUGGCGUGAACCAUUCGAGGCUUUCGCAGCUGAAGUCGUUGGAUUCUCCAAUGUCGUGCUCGAUCAGACGACAUGUCAACAGAAAGAAUGUCUUCUCGGAGACUUCAUGACUGAUGCUAUGUUGGCCUACCGACAACCGCAAAAUCCUUCCGUCGCCUUUGCACUGAUCAAUGCCGGUGGUAUUAGAGCUACCAUUGAUGAGGGAAAUAUUACUCGUGGAGAAGUUCUUACUUCAUUCCCAUUCGGAAACGCAAUUGUGGAGAUCAACAUCUCAGGACAGGAGCUUUGGAAGACUCUUGAAGGAGCCGUGUCGAAAGUCAACCAGUUCAACGGUGCAGCUGUGACUUCGGCUAUUCAAGUUAGUAAGGGCGUUAAUAUCACUUUUAAUCCUCGCAAUGCUGUCGGUAGCAGACUAGUCAGCGUGGAUUUGUUUGAUGGACCGCUCUCUUUCACUAAGAACUACACUGUUAUCACUCUCGACUUCCUUGCUGGUGGCGGUGACAAUAUCUUCCUCAAAAGGACCGAGUUUGCAAUUCUCGAUACCCAAGAUUUCGUCCUCACGCAAUACAUCCUUGCGCAAACACCAGUCAAUAUUGCUCUAGAGGGUAGAAUUCGGGAAGUCAACGGAACAGCUCCUCCUGUUUCGACUACCACCACCAAGAAGAUCCCUAACAUCGCCACUCGAGGGUCCGCUCCCGCAACAAUGCGCACACCAGUCACGACAUCCACACCAAAACCUGUCAGAGUUAGGGCGUAA